GGCACACAGGAACUCGUUAGUCGGACGAUUGUUCAAGGGGAGUUCUUUAAAUUGAUACAUCUGGCUUGAGAUGGUUGUGCUGCUGUUAUGGAAACCAAAAGCCGCUGAAGACGUACAGUAGCUAGCGUUAGCUAACAGACGAGAGUCCAAUGUAUUAGCAUUAGCUAGUUUUAAACAGAUUUGUUUGCUUGUUAAUUCAUAAAAACAUUGAAUCAUUUUUCUUGGUUAAAUUAAAAUGAACGCCGACCGCUUCACGUUAACAGUUGAUGAAUACCUGGGCGAGAAGAACGUGCUGUUCUACCUGGAAGAUGCAGUCCACCAGCUGCUGGACCACAAGGAGGAGUACGUCCAGUUCGGGAUCGUUCGAUACUUUGCCGAGUACUUCGGCAGCGUGAGGAGCGGGAACCACGUCCUGUUCAGGGAGUUCGCCUACGUCAAGGCCACGCCCCACAACAGGGCCUCCUUCGUCCGCGUCUUCUGGAGGAGCUUCAGGCAGAUCGGCAAGAACGGAGAUCUGCUGGCCAUGAUGGAGUACAGCUCCCUCCUGCAGCUGCUCUGCCCCGACUUUCCAGUGGAGAUGGUGCAGAAGGCGGCAAGGAUCGUGCUGAUGGACGACGCCAUGGACUGCCCCAUGUCCUUCGCGGACUUCCUCUACGCCUUUCAGGUCCAGUUCUACUUCGAAGAAUUUCUGGGGAGCGUCGCCGUGAUUUACCGCGACCUGCUCUCCGGGAAGAGCCCGAACACGGUGAUCGUGCCCACCUCUUCCCCUGCGGAACGGCUCCCCCACCUGGCCGCCGACGACACUGCGGCGCAGGAGGGCGUGGACUCCGCUCUCUUCUGCUCGUACCUCGAGGCCCUGUGCGAGAGAUACAAGCACAACCACCCCUCUACAGACGGCAUCAGAGAGAUCCUCCAGAGCACGCAGCGCGUGACCUUCUACGGCUUUGUGAUGGCCCUGGCCAAGCACGAGGGGAUCAGUCAGGACAUCGGUUCCCUCCCAAAUAAAGCAGACCUGCUGGUGGACCCUGCGAUGGACCAGGAGUUGGAGAAACUCAUCGCCCAGCUCUCGCUGAGCCCCGCCCCCCACGGCGGCAGCAGCGGACCGGGGCAGAAGGAGCCGCCCCGGAAGGCCUCGCCACGCAAGUCCCUCCAUCACCGCAAGCGCAUCGAGAUGGAGAGCGACGGCUCCACCGAGGAGACCGACUCCUCAGAGAACUAGGCCCCGCCCUCGCCCCGCCCCCCC